AUGGCGCGUCCGAGCCUCCUGCUGCCGCUGGGCCUGGCCCUGCUCGCGCUCUGCCUCCUGGCGCUGCCCCGCGACUCCCGGGCCCGGCCGGGGGAUCGCGAGGUCGGAGAGCGGCAGGACCUGUCGCCCAGCGACCCGCAGGUGCGGAAGGCGACGCAGGCGGCCAUGACCAGCUACAACAUGGGCAGCAACAGCAUCUACUACUUCCGCGACACCACCAUCCUCCGGGCGCAGAGCCAGUUGGUGGCGGGCAUCAAGUACUACCUGACCGUGGAGAUGGGGAGCACGGCCUGCCGGAAGAAUGCCAUGGCUAGAGACCACAUAGACCUCACCGCCUGCCCCCUGGCCGCAGGGGUGCAGCAGGAGAAGCUGCGCUGUGACUUUGAGAUCCUUACGGUUCCCUGGCAGAACUCCUUCCAACUUCUAAAGCAUGACUGUGUGACCCUGUAG